AGAGGACAGACGCUCGGGCGCUCCGGUCUGAGUGUCAACUGAAAACUUACCCUGUUUCAGUUAACCUUCAGACAGCAGCACAUUGACACUGGGGUUAGCAAGAGCUGGGAAGACGUCGCCCCAAUAAUCUUCAUCCUCCAGGGUCCACCACCGCAAAUCAGAAUGGAAACUCGAGGUGCCAAGGCUCACACCUGUGGGACAAUCUGUCUGAAAUAUCUACUGUUUCUAUUCAAUAUUCUUUUCUGGCUGGCAGGAGGAGCAGUGCUGGCAGUGGGAGUGUGGACGCUGGUGGAAAAGAGCGACUACAUCAGUUUACUCAACUCCGGCUUUUAUUCGGCCUCAGCUUACAUCCUGAUAGCUGCCGGGGUCAUCGUCAUAGUGACCGGGAUAAUCGGAUGCUGUGCCACUCUGAAGGAGAUGAAGAGUCUUUUGGCUGUGUAUCUGGUCUUGUUGCUGUGUAUCUUCCUACUGGAAGUCAUUGCUGGAGUGCUGGCCUACAUAAACUACCAGGAGCUGGACGACGAGCUCAGACAGAACCUGAAGGUGACCAUGCAGCAGAAAUACCAGCAGCCGGGGGAGGAGAGCGUCACACAGGCGGUGGACAGGCUUCAGCAGGAGUUUAAGUGCUGUGGCAGUAACAACUUCUCAGACUGGAGGGACAGCGCGUGGAUCCGGGCUCCAGAUAACAGGCAGCUGGUUCCUGAUAGCUGCUGUAAAACUCCCAGUGACCUCUGUGGCCAAAGGGACCAUCCCUCCAACAUCUACAAAGUGGAGGGAGGCUGCAUCAUGAAACUAGAGGAAUUCAUCCUGAGUCAGUUGUAUAUUCUCGGGGCAGUGGGCAUGGGCAUUGCAUUUCUUCAGCUUGUUGGGAUGAUGUUCACCUGCUGCCUUUACAGAAAUUUGAAAGAGGAUCCAUACUGAGUUGUGUAAUAUCACAACAUGUUUAACAUGACAUUUUUAGGCCUCACAUUUUUUUACACAGCUCUGGAUGCUCAAGAGAUUCAAUAUUCACUUUAAUGUCAUUCAGACCAAACACAAGCCAAGUGCACAGUAGAACUAAACUACAUUGCAUCCAGCUCAUGAAUGUAAUUCAGAAUGCCAGCUUUUCCUUAGUGGGUAUAAACGCUAUAUCUAAAGUGACAAUAAUGAUAAUAAUAAUAAUAUAAAUCACUUCAAAUUAUGAAAUGAUGAUUGUCAGAGUGUAAGAAGUGGAGACACUGUAGUGCUGCUGAAGGCUCUGUUCCAAUUCUGUUUAAACUCAAAUGCAUGUUUUCGGCCCUUUUAGAUGUAUUUUGACACAACUUAUAUUCGGAUUUAUUUUUAGCUGAAGUUUUAUUCUAUUUUUAAUUUAUUUAUUUUUAAAUGAUUAAUCUUGCAAACAAUGUUGGUGCUUUAUUGUUUUUCUUUUUUGUUUGAUUAUUUUUUUAAUGUAUGUCAGUGAUCAAACCAAAGUGAUCAUUUGAUGAAUUCACAAAAUAAUUGUUUGCUCUUUGGAGUGCAAAUAAAAAAUGGUAACCACUCA